AUGAAGCUAGAUAAGACUUUAGUUUCAGUUGCUACAUUGGCAACUUUGGGUAGUUCUUUGGUGAUUCCAGAGUUUGCCCGUGAUUUAGAUGACAAGAAAUUACUUGCAAAGGUUGGAAAUCCUAAAGAUGAAGGUGUCGUUCUAGGUUCCAGACGGGGUGGUGUUGAAUGUGGGACUGUAGCUGUGAAAUUGGAUUUUGGGUCCAAUAAAAAGGGGAAGAUUGUGAAAAAAGUCCACCAUGUUGAAAGUGGUGAUGAAAGUGAUGAAAGUGAUGAUGACGAGGAUGACCACCACCACGGUAAGCAUGGUAAACAUGGUAAGCAUGGCAAACACGGUAAACAUGGUCACCACCAUGAUGACGACGAUGAGGAUGACCACCAUCACGGUAAGCAUGGCAAACAUGGUAAACAUGGUCACCACCAUGAUGACGACGAUGAGGAUGACCACCAUCACGGUAAGCAUGGCAAACAUGGUAAACAUGGCAAACAUGGUCACCACCAUGAUGACGACUCUAAACCUUCUGAUGGAAGAAAACACAACCCACCAAAACAACCUGUUUACAACAUUAAAGAAGAUGAUGACAUCGUUGACUCUGUCACUCAACAAAUCUUCGAAAGUGCUGAAAAGAGUGGUGAAAAGGUCAAGUACGCUCCCCUACACUCAAUGGAAAAUACCAAAUAUGAAAAUUUGGUAAUCCCAAAUAAAUACAUCAUCGUAUUCAAGAAAGAUGUCUCCGUUAAGGAUAUGCAAAUACAUAAGGACUUGAUUGCAAGAGCACAAUUCCAAUACGCCUCUGUAUCAGACGAAACCUCUAGCUCUAUUUUGGGCGGUAUCGAAGAAGCUUUCAACGUCGCAAACUUAUUCCAUGGUUAUAUUGGUCACUUCAACGAACAGCUUGUUCAGUUCAUUAGAUUGAGUCCUAUUGUCGACUUUGUCGAACAAGACUCUAUUGUCCAUGCAAACGAAGUUGACACUCAAAAUAACGCCCCUUGGGGUUUAGCUCGUAUCUCCCAUAGAGAUGGCCUAAACUUGGGAAGCUACAACAAGUACUUGUACGAUGACGUUGCUGGUGAAGGUGUCACUGCCUAUGUGAUUGAUACAGGUAUCAACAUUAAACACAAAGAAUUCGGCGGUAGAGCCGUAUGGGGUAAGACUAUUCCAGAAAACGAUCAAGAUGUCGAUGGUAACGGGCAUGGUACUCACUGUGCAGGUACUAUUGCAUCCAAAAACUAUGGUGUUGCUAAGAAUGCUGAAGUGGUUGCUGUUAAGGUUUUGAGAUCAGAUGGUUCCGGUACCAUGUCUGAUGUAUUGAAAGGUGUCGAAUAUGCUGCUUUCUCCCAUCAAAAGGCACUACGUGAAAAGAAGAAGGGUUUCAAGGGUUCUACUGCAAACAUGUCUCUAGGUGGUGGUAAGUCUCGUUCGUUGGAUUUAGCUGUUGAUGCCGCUGUCAAGUCUGGUAUCCAUUUCGCAGUUGCAGCAGGUAACGAAAAUCAAGACGCAUGCAAUAGUUCACCAGCAGCAUCUGAAAAUGCUAUUACUGUUGGUGCCUCAACAUUGAGUGAUGAUAGAGCAUACUUUUCAAAUUGGGGUAAAUGUGUAGACGUGUUCGCUCCAGGUUUGAACAUCUUAUCUACCUACAUUGGUUCAGAUGAAGCUACUGCUACAUUGUCAGGUACUUCAAUGGCUUCUCCUCAUGUCGCCGGUUUGUUAAGUUACUUUUUAUCCAUGCAACCAGAUGCUGAUAGUGAAUUUUUCAGCAGUGGAUCCAACAGUAUUUCACCAGCACAAUUGAAGAAGAAACUAAUUGCCUACAGUACCAAGAAUUUGUUCCAAGAUCUUCCAGAAAAGACUCCAAACUUAUUGGUCUACAAUGCAGGUCACAAUAUAAGUGAUUUCUGGAAGCCAAAGUCUGAGAGUUCUGCUGAACCUAACGAAAGAGCUAAAGAAUUCGAACUAGAAGAUUUGGUAGACUCUGCUCAAUGGAUUGCAGACACCUGGUUGAAUGGUAUCCAACAAGUAUUUGAAAGAAUGGACCUGUUCUAA